AUGCUAAGACCCAACCUCCUGAUUUUGGAUGAACCGACCAACCACCUGGACAUUGAGACGAUCGGCGCAUUGGGGGAGUCGCUGAACAAUUUCAACGGAGGUGUCGUUCUAGUCUCGCAUGACGAGCGUCUCAUUGCAUCGGUAUGCACGGAAUGCUGGUUGUGCACUCGCCAUUGUUACACCGACAACAAGGCAGAUGUCUGCCUCCCGACAGCCAGUCGUGUGCGUGUUUUGGCUGGCGGAUUGGAGGAGUACAAGAAAGCUGUUCGUAGGGAACUGGAAACUGUUUUGCGUGGGUUUUGUCAGAUGCUGGUGUCUGCGCUGCCAAAACGCUAUGGUCUGAUUUCUUCGUCUUUUCGAAGGUUUACUUCGCUUGAUACCAUAAAAAUAGGUUGGGUGCCUGGGUUGCAGGAGCCUACCGCCCCUGUUCCAGGUCGUAAUCCCAUUUGGUCAGAAGCAGGCAACGAAAUAUUUAAGGACCUUAAAAGCGGUGACAGAAUAUUCGUUCAUGGUGCUUCGGGAACACCGAGUGUGUUGCUAUCUCUUUUGUACCAUCAUGUCAAAUCAAGUGACCUCAAGAACCUGAACAUUCUGUCUCUUCUCCCAAUGGGUCCUCUAAGCUCUCUUAUCGACAACAUUCAUGACAAACUUCGGCUAACUACCUCUUUAGCCAACAAAUAUUGCCGGGAAGCAGUAAAUGAUGGAAGAGCUGAUUUUAUCCCAAUAUCCGCGUCAGAAGCGCCUCUUCUGUAUCGACAGAAGCACGUCAACCUUGAUUACGCAUUAAUAUCCGUGACUCCCCCUGACAAACACGGAUUUUGUUCUCUUGGGACGUUUGUUGGAACUGCACGUUCUGCCAUUCAAAGCGCCAAAACGAUAAUUGCUCAAGUUAACCCAUUGCAGCCGGUGACCUACGGGGAUUCAACUAUUCACAUCAGCAAAAUAGACUUCCUUGUAAAUGGUCCUCAACAGUUACUGGAAACUAGCUGGAAGACAAUAUCUCCCAUGGAAAGGAAGGUUGCACAUAUUAUUGCUGACAAUCUCGUUGAAGACGGAGCUACGCUUCAGCUUUCCCCUUCUAAAAUUUCGCAGCAGUUAACCACCUACUUGCGAGGACACAAAGACCUUGGCAUUCAUACGGAAUGUUUUGGCGAUGGUGAGAUUGAUCUGGUUCAUCUCGGUGUUAUCAAUAACCGUUUCAAAUCCGUCAGACGUGGUCGUAUUGUCGCUAGUUACGUUAUUGGAACGAAAAAAACGUUUGAUUUUAUCAAUGAAAAUCCACUCGUUGCUCUCUAUGACAUCGCGUGGGUUAAUGCGCCAGAGCUGAUUGCUCUCAAUCCCAAGGUCACAGCCAUCAACCACGCAUUUGAGAUGGAUCUUUCUGGUCAGAGCUCUUCAGAUGGUUAUGACGGCCGAAUUCACACCGGUGUUGGAGGAGUAAUUGAUUUUCUCCGCGGCGCUUCUAUUGCUACCGAUGGGGCUGGCAAGCCGGUCAUUGCAAUGACCUCUUUGAAUGAUGAGGGCAGAUCAACAAUUGUGCCUUUCUUAUCGCGAGGCACUACAGUGGUCGCAACACGUGCUCAUGUACACUAUGUUGUCACGGAGUACGGAAUCGCCUAUCUCUUUGGGAAGAAUCUUCGUCAGAGAGCACACGCUCUCAUCCAAAUUGCCCAUCCUGACUUCAGGGAAUCUUUGGAGAGGGCUGCGUUCGACCGUCUCAAAUGCAUGCCCUCACCAUAA